AAAAAAAAAAAAAAAAAAAAAAAAGUCGAUCGUUUUCGAUUUUCUGCGCUUUUUGAUUGGCUUCUUUAUUAUGUUGCCUCGUUUCUUUUUUUAUCUAUUUAUACUUGUCAUACAUGCAGCAUGCAUUUUAUUUGGUCCUUGCUAUCAUUCAUGUUUGUUAAUCGUGAACGCAUCCCGUCCUUUUCUUUUUAAUCAGGCUCAUAACUUCCGAACCCAUCGAGGUAUGAGCAUGGGCAUCACCAGUGCUUCGAUCGGUCUUUGCGGUCUCGUGUAUUCGCAAAUCAACGACCACUUCUUCAAAGAUGAGCAAGGCGAUGAUGAGCAUCAAAUGUAUCUGUUCCUCGUCUUCUUCGCUUUUGCCAUGGCAGGAGGCAUGUUGCUCGGUUCAUUCUUCUUGGGGCCCUUAGAUUUUGGAAAGACACCAUCCGUUGUCGAGACCGCGCCCUUGUUACACAGUGAUGAUACGCCGAUGAUCGGCAAUUCCAUCCAACCACAACAUCGAAAUAAGGACGAGGAAGCGGAGAGAGACGAGCCGUGUUUGAGCGGCCUCGAUUUUUUCACUCAUCCAGUCGGCUUUGCAUUGUUUGUCACAUUGUUCAUUGGUUUGGGUCUUGGUUAUGUUUACCUCGCCAGCAUUGGUCCGAUUUUAUUAGCGCUUCCCUCCGCCGUCGCUACCUCCAAUGCCCAACAUCUCCGAAACAUCCACGUCUCCACCUUUAGCAUUGCCAACUGUGCUUCCCGUGCCGGCUUUGGUACCCUCAGUGACAUUCUAAAGUCCAAAUUCGGCGUUCAUCGUAUUUGGGUCUUUUGGGCCGCCCUUGUGGGGUUAACUGCUAGUUUAUUCUAUCUCGUGACUGGUGUUACCACCCCCGAAACCCUUCUUCCCUGCACCAUUUCUGUGGCCGUCGUUUAUGGCAUCGUCUUUGGUGUCGCACCCGCUACAACCUCUGAAUUUGGUACCGAUGUCUUUGCUCGUAACUGGGGUUGGCUGUUGUUUGCACCGGCGAUUGGAAGCCAGUCUUUCAAUAUCUUGUUUGGUGCUUUGUACGAUCGUCAAGCUAAGCGACAAGGUGUUGAUGUAUGCCAAGGCACCAUCUGUUUCCGAAGAGCAUUUGAAAUCGGGAUCAUGGCCAGUGUCGUAUGCUUACUUGUAAUUAGCUGGGCCAUUGUUAAAAUGCGUCUGUACAACAGAAUAGCGCGUUAGAUACCCUUUAUUGCACAAAUCAACCAUUGGAGUUCGAGAAGUAUAAAAAUAAUUGCAAUUUUACAAAGAAACAUAAAGGAUAUUGAACAAGACAGUCAAAGAUGAUGAC